UCCCAAAUCCGGGUUUCACUAAUGGUGUGGCUGUGAUUUCUUCUUUAGUUUUCUAGGGGCACGGCUUUCCUUGUUUUAUAUUUUGAAGUCAUCCUUUCGUUUCCGUGAGAAACCCUAGAUACUCUCAGAAACUGCGACUGUUGUAUUACUUUAUGAGCGAGAGAGGGAGAGGUACUCGUAACGCUUGUCGUCAGUGGCCUCCAGAAUAUGACCAACUCUGCGACCACUGACAAGCUCCUUGCUGAGGUUCUUUUGUUGAGACUCUGAAGAUCUUGGUAGAGGCACAGCACUGCUCAGGAAUCAAGUUUGUAAGGGUGGGCUUGGAGGUGACGGCGGUAUUGGUUGUUUUUUAGAGUGGGAGUGUAAGUUUUUGAAUAACUAACUGGAAGUUGUUACUAGACAAGAGGCGGGGAGGGGGAGAAAGAGGUAAGGAUGAUGAUUAUGGCAGCAAUCGCCGGGCCGCACAGGGCAGGAUUGCUGGCUUAUACAGGGAAUGGGGUUGAGGCGGAGAAUUAUUUUAAUGGGAUUAGGCUAGUGCAAACGGUUAAAGUGGGUUCGAGUGUCCAAGAUAGAGUAUUGCGGCAGCGCUGCAACUUGAUUAGGUUAGCAGGGUUGAGCGGCUCGUGCGUGCAAUCGGCGCGGCAGUGGUUCCGAGUAACAGCUUUUUCCGAGGUUGCCAGCUCCUGCCUGUAUCCCUCUUUUAGCUUGUUACGCAAAAUCACUAAUUCCUUCCGCAGAUUGUGUUUCAUUGGGUUUAGAAACCCAGUCCUCAAAAUUUUAAACCACGAAGUGUACCGACUGUAUCAUCGCCGAAGAAGGAUUAUUCCUUUGUUAGCUAUAGAUAGGGCGUUGGAGGCUGUGGACGAAUCUUCAGGUGUGACGAUGAAGGUGAAAUUCCAGCUUCAAAGGGAAUGCCAAUUUGGACAGCAAUUCAAGGUCGUUGGCAGUGGCUCUCACUUCGGUGACUGGGACCCAAGUGCUGCUUUACCCUUGAAUUGGAGCGAAGGUCAUUUGUGGACUACUGAAGUGGAUAUACCUAAAGAUAGGAAAUUUGAGUGGAAAUAUAUACUAGUAUCCACUGAAGGAGAAGAGACUGAGUGGCAAUCUGGACCCAACCAUGUGCUAGAAACAGUACCUGGAGCCUCUUCACUUUUAGUGUCGAUACCAUGGGAAAGAAUUCCACACUCUGCAGAUUCCACAUCUGAUCAAUUUCAGGAGGUACAACGCUGUGAGCAUCUUGAGGGUCAAGAUACCGCAUCUGAUACUGAAGAUUUGGAUGCAAUUGGUAAGGAUUCUAAAGUGAAUACUUCAGUUGAGAAAUUGACAGAAGCGGCUGCUUCGGCUGCUGGAGAUGUCCUCAAAGCUGGGAUAAAGGCAGCAACCAUUGUAGCGGCGAGCUUGGACGCUACACCUGUUGAGGAGCUUUUGGGGCUCGCAGAGCAUGCAGAUGGGAGCCUGCUCUUCUCCUUCAGCGGGUCCACAACCACCGCCGAUGCUGCAGCUCAACCAACGAUACAGCAGAUUGAAAGUGCCAACGUGAAUGUACCCACACAGACCCUGACACCGGCUGCUCUUCCACAACGGCAUCCGUCGAGCUUCCAGAAGAAGUCCCCCAUUCCUGCUGCUCGCAGCCGGCGCACUGCUUCGAAAGCGGAAGCGGAUACUGCCGAACUUGUUGCGGCAGAGGACAAGGAGACGCCGGUGGACAGCACAGUGAGCAGCAUAUCUGCGAGGCCUGAGAGGCAUGCAUCGUCAUUCUCGAGGAAGUCGCCAAUCCCAAAGAACCGAGAACGCAGCUCAGUGUCGAGCUCCAAGAGACAGUCAUCAGCUGAGGCGACUCCAGUGGCCAAAGCUCCCAGCAAGUCAAAGUUCACGACGAGGUCGCCAAUCUCGAGGAAUCAAAACAGCAGUCGAGCGACGAGAUCCGAGAAGAAGAAGAGUCAUUCUUCUGAAGUAGCCCCUGCAGAACUUGUCUCUCCAUCAAAGACUGCGAGUGCUGACACCGAAGUUGCUGAAAGUGAAGCUCUUGAGCAUGGUGCUGUAAGCAAAGACUUAUCAAGUUACAAGCUUUCAGAGCUGAGGAGCAUGGCAAAGGCGAAGGGAUUGAAGGGAUAUUCGAAACUAAAGAAGGGAGAGUUAGUAAAGCUUAUAGCUGCUUCCGAUGUAUCUUCAGAGAUUUGAAGCCUGCAACGAAGUUGUAAAAAGGAAAAAACCACUUACAUCUUUUCACUGAGUAGAAGGUUUCGAUACAGCCUUGGAUACAUCAGUUUUAUGUCAUUUUGUCAUUUCGGAUGUUGCAUGGGGUGGAACUCUGCUUGUAAUGUCUACAAGUCUUUGUAAUUUCUGGGUACCAGCGGACACUUCGUGGACAUUUUAAGAACAUGAGCCUGCUAAUUCAUAUC